AUGCCGUCGAUGGCGCCGGUAGAGCUCGACUUCCUCGGCCUCCGUCCUGCUGCUGCUGCUGCUGCCGCCGCCGACCACAACCACCACGGCAGCACCACCUCGUCCUCCUCCUCCAUCCGAGGCAUGAAGACGAGCGCGAUAGCGAGCAUCGGGGCGCACCAGCUGCGCCGCGUCAUCGUCGGCGACGUCGAGGCGCCGCCCAAGCAGCAGGCUCCGAUGACCGUCUUCUACAACGGCGCCGUGGCCACCUUCGACGGCGUCUCCCAGUUCAAGGCAGAGGCUAUAAUGAAGAUGGCGAUGGAGGUUACUACCUCCAAUGGAGGCCGCGUUGUCGUCCGUGGCGACGCAUUUGCUGGAAAUUUGAGCAAAGACGACAUGCCACUCACAAGAACCAAAUCGCUGCAGCAGUUUCUGCAGAAGCGAAAAGAGAGGCUGAGUGGGUUGGGUCCGUAUCAGCUGGGAAUGGGACCGGGAGGAACCAGCCGCGUUGGUGCAGCGACGACCAACAAGUCGUUCCAUGUGAAGGAGGAAGCAGCAGCUUAG